GUGACGCUGGUUUCAGUGCAGACGAAGACAAGAUGGUACCCGGCCUCAAAUGUGCUAUCCUGAGAUUUUACUCUUUGCUUUAGUUUAUUUUUUAUAAUUAUUGGGAAUGUAGCAUGAGCGGAUAUCGGUAGGUUAAAAUGGCAGCUGAAAACUACGUGGCUAAACUAAACGAAUAUGCUCAGGGACAUCGCUCUGUGCUGCGAUAUGAGGAAGUUGGAUCUGUUGGUCCUGAUCACAUUAAGACGUUCACUUUAAGAGCGAUCGUGAACAACAAGGCUUUUCCCGAUGGCGUGGGGCACAAUAAGAAGGAGGCCAAACAGAACGCAGCUCAAAAGGCCCUGAAAUGCCUGUUUGAGGAAUCAGCUGAUUGUACAGAAAAUGUAACAGCAGCUUCCAUUUCACCAGUUCAACCGACGAGCAUCAUUAACAACCGUUUUGUCUGUUGGCUCAAUGAAUACGGUAACGGGAACAAGGUGUUGAUACGGCCGGUGGAGUCAACCAGACUGGGACCAAACAAUGCUUCUUAUUGCUGCAGCUUUUGGGUUGGUGAGAAGGAGUUUCCAGCGGGCUAUGGUAAAACAAAGAGGGAAGCCAAGGAGGAAGCAGCGAAGCUUGCACAUCACGAGAUAUGUGACAGUAAAACUACAGAGACUGGAGAUGAGAAAUAUGGUGGCACAUCAAGCCAGCAAAAUGAGGAAUCCAAACAAGAUUUGUCAGAAAUCUGUGAUAAGACCAACAGCCUCAGUGUAAAGGCAGAAGGUGGAAACUUCAUUGGCAUUGUCAACCAGUACUGUCAGAAAACACAGCGCUCCCACACUUACGUCUUCGAGAAAAGAUGCGGUGAAGCACACAGCCCCCAAUUCUUCUACAAGUUAGUGAUCGACAACAAGGAGUACCCUGUGGGUGAGGGGAAGAAUGUGAAAGAAGCCAGACAAAAUGCAGCUCGGCUGGCCUGGGCUGCUCUUCAAGAGCAGACCGACUACGACAGCAAGGUAACUGAGUCUGAGGCCAGUCUGCCCACACUGUCAAACUCACCCAGUGAUGCACAGUCAAAACGAAUCCAGACAGCUAAAAGUGACUCAGGGGUUUUCAGCAAUUCACCGACACCUCCCAAAGAUCAGGAUCAAAGUCCCAAAGUGAAGCCCAAAAUAAGACUUGCAGCAAAUUUCCAAAAUGCGCUCAGGCACAGCAAAGAGGCUGUAACUAAUUUCAAUGGAAAGACUCCAGGGAAUAGUCCGUGUAAGGAAACACCAGCCCAGUCAGUAAUGUCAAGAUUUACAAAGGAAUAUGACUGCAUAGUGAGUAUUGGCAAAGGAGCCUUUGGUCAGGUUUUCAAGGCAAGAGAAAUCCUGAUUAACAAGAACUGUGCUGUAAAGAUUGUCCGCUGCAAAGGAAAAUCUCUGCGAGAGGUGGCGACAUUAUCUGACCUCCAGCACUGCAAUAUUGUGCGAUACUACACAUGUUGGACGGAGGAUUCCAGUCACCAAAUGGACAGUACGUCUGACAGUAGCAGUGCUUCUCAGUCAAGUAGUAAUUCAUCGGUCAAGUACCUCUACAUUCACAUGGAGUUGUGUGACACCAAAACACUCAGACUGUGGAUCGACGAGAAAGACACUCAGAAUGUGAAGAAAUCUUUGCGAGACUCUAAGAGGAGGGAAGAGAGUAAAACCAUCGCUAAGCAAAUAGUCAGUGGAGUUGAUUACAUUCACUCCAAGAAGUUCAUCCACAGAGACCUGAAGCCUGCCAACAUCCUGUUUGGGCAGGACAGACAAGUUAAGAUCGGAGACUUUGGUCUGGUCACUGCUGAGAAUGACGAUGAUGCUGACAACCUGAUCGAGAGAACGGAGUGCAAAGGAACCCCAUCCUACAUGGCUCCUGAGCAGAAGAGCGGGAGCACUUAUGACAGAAAAGUGGACAUAUUUGCUUCGGGGUUAAUUUAUUUUGAACUUCUUUGGAACCUGUCAGGAGAGAGGAAACUGAUCUGGGACGAUGCCCGAAACCAGAAACUUCCUCAAGGAUUUUCUCAAAAUUUUCUCCAAGAGAGUCAAAUUAUAAAGUCAAUGCUGAGUUUGAAGCCAGAGGACCGACCUGAGGCUGGUAAACUGAAGAAGGACAUAGAAGAGUGCACCCAUACAUUCACCACACCCAAAAACAUGCCUAACGAAAGUAAUACUGUCUAAAUAAAGGAAUCAAAUACUCAAACAGAAGACAAAAACAUGAGUCGUCACAAUCAGGAGUGUCUUUAAUGAAUGAACUGAUGUGACGUAUUUUACAGUGAUUACAUAGUGUGAGUGGUACACCACUGACUGGAAGGGGCCCAUAAUGUAUUUUAUUAACUGUCAAUAGAAUUUUAGAUUAAAACGCAUCAUUAUUGAUGUUUCACAAAUAAUCAUGGCAUAGCUGUACAGUCAUUUUGACAACUGCUGUUGAAAUAAGUUACUCUUUGUUAGUUAAAUGUGUUAAAGGGAGGUCACAUGGCUGCAUUUACAUUCCUGACAGAACUAGAUAAUCUGGGUGUGUACUCUGGGUGUGGGCCUGUUGCCUGUGUUGUUGGCACAGCACUGGGCUUAAGACAAUACAUUUCGAAAUUUCCCAACUAUGA